AUGUCAGACACAGAGAAACCGAAGGUAGCAUUCCUAGGCCCAGAGGCAAGCUACACUCAUCAGGCAACUCUUGACACGUUCUCGCCCGACACACAUACUCUGGUACCACAGACUACCCUCGAAGAUGUCUUCGCCGCGGUACAAGACGGCAGCGUACACCGCGGCGUUGUACCCUUCGAGAAUAGCACCAACGGCUCCGUAGUCUUCACCCUUGACCUGUUCGCCGACCUGCACAGCAAGAACAACGACAUCCUUGUGUGCGGUGAAGUAUACGUGAGCGUAAGCCACUGUCUGCUAGGCCUGGACCCUUCGAGUACGCAGGAUUACUCAAAAAUUACAAAAUUGUACUCUCAUCCACAAGCAUGGGGUCAAUGCAAAACUUUCCUGCAACAGCACCUGAAGCACGCUGAGCGCUUCGAUGUAUCCUCGACUUCGCGCGCCGCACAAGUGGUUGCAGAAUCCAAGGAUCCGGGUGCCGCAGCCAUCAGCAGCAAAGUGGCUGGCACCCUGUUCAAGCUCUCUCUUCUGUCAGAAGGCAUCAAUGAUGUCAGCGGCAAUCAGACACGCUUCCUGAUCUUGCGGAGAAAAGAUAGCCCAGACGUAUCAACAGCACCGUCAGCACCAUCUGCACAAUCGACCAUAGGACAGAGUAACGACGAAGAAAACUACAAAACCCUGCUCCUCUUCACGCUCCCACACACACCCUCGAACCCCAACCCUGGCGCCCUAGCACAGUGUCUAUCUGUCUUUGGCAGGCACAAGCUCAACCUGACCUCCAUCAAUACACGGCCGAGUGGCGUAGCGAACUGGGAGUACAUCUUCUUCAUCGAGUUCAAGGGACGGAAAGACGAGGGUGAUGGCGGGGCGGUAAACGCAGCGUUCAAAGAGUUGGAUGGCGUGUGUGAGUGGUAUCGAUGGCUGGGAAGCUGGGAGAACAGGCUGCCGGCUCCGAGUACGCAGAAGCUGUAGAAGGCUGAAAGGUGCAGAUGGUUCACAAAACAGAUGCUUGUCAUCUGAAGUACGCUGAGAAGAAAUAGAUCAUUCAGU